AUGUUGUCUUCACUCCGUCGUAUCGUUCCAACUCUGCCACGUGGCUCUCGAUCACUAACAUCUCAACAAAUUUUCGAUCGUGAGAAGAAAUUCGGAUGCCACAACUACAAACCACUGCCAGUUGCACUUUCGAAAGGAGAAGGUUGCUUUGUAUGGGAUGUUGAAGGCAAGAAAUAUUUCGACUUUUUGGCCGCCUAUUCUGCUGUCAAUCAGGGUCAUUGUCAUCCUAAACUUCUAAAGGUUGUUCAAGAACAAGCUUCCACACUGACUCUCACUUCCCGGGCAUUCUAUAAUAAUGUACUCGGAGAAUAUGAGGAGUAUAUCACAAAACUCUUCAAAUAUGACAAAGUUCUUCCAAUGAACACCGGAGUCGAGGCUUGCGAGUCAGCUGUAAAACUGGCCAGACGGUGGGCAUAUGAUGUAAAAGGAGUCAAAGAGAACGAGGCUGUCGUUGUCUUCGCUGAAAACAACUUCUGGGGACGGUCGAUUGCUGCUAUUUCUGCAUCUACUGAUCCAGAUUCCUAUUCUCGAUUCGGUCCAUUCGUCCCAGGAUUCAAAACCGUUCCAUACAAUAACUUGAAGGCUGUCGAGGAAGCAGUUUCUGACAAGAAUGUCGCUGCUUUCAUGGUUGAGCCAAUUCAAGGAGAAGCCGGAGUCGUUCUUCCAGAUGCUGGAUACUUGAAGGGAGUGUCAGACAUUUGCAAGAAGCACAAUGUACUUUUUAUUACUGACGAAGUUCAAACUGGUCUCGGAAGAACUGGAAAGCUUCUUGCUCAUUACCACGACAACGUUCGACCAGAUAUGGUUGUUCUCGGAAAGGCAUUGUCAGGAGGGUUCUAUCCAGUUUCCGCCGUUCUCUGCGAUGACAACGUGAUGAUGAACAUCAAACCAGGAGAACACGGUUCAACUUACGGGGGAAAUCCAUUGGCUUGCAAAGUAGCCAUUGCUGCUCUUGAGAUCCUUCAAGAUGAAAAGCUCGUUGAAAACUCCGCUAAAAUGGGAGAACUCUUGAUGAACAAACUGAAGACACUUCCAAAGGAUGUCGUUUCUCUCGUAAGAGGAAAAGGACUUUUCUGUGCUAUCGUCAUCAACAGCAAAUAUGAUGCAUGGAAGGUGUGCCUUAAACUGAAAGAGAACGGACUUCUUGCCAAGAACACUCAUGGAGAUAUUAUUCGAUUCGCUCCUCCAUUGUGCAUUAAUAAGGAACAAGUCGAGCAAGCCGCUGAUAUCAUCAUCAACACAAUCACCGAGUUUGCCAAGCAACAUUAA